AUGCUACAAGCCCGGCCCUUUCUGCUUUUUCUAGUGACGAUAGUUGCAGCAGCGGGAGCCUCUAGCGCUAGUACUAGACCUCGGACGAUCAUCUUUUGCUAUGACCGCCGUUCAGAGGAGGAGAUACCUUUUUCUAGAGGGUUUCGGACCGUAAACAAGCUAUACGCUCAUCGACACGGAUAUGAGUAUUAUGAAGACCAGGAAGAACUGUAAUCAGUUCAUCUUUACCUUUAACAAGUGGCAAGCCGCCUCUCUGUCCUGUGAUCAGGAUUUUUUUUAUCUCAAGUGGAAUCAAUACGUUUUUUGACUAUCUAAGGUUCACAAGCUUGUCUUUAACAACGGACUCAACAAAUGCAAUCAUUUUAGCGCGUCUAGUUGCUCCCCCCGGCAUUAAUCUUCUAACCCUUCCGCUUCUACACACACUCCGCCUUUGAUGACCAAGUCACACCGACUUGGGUCAAAGUUUUUCUGGGCUAUGAAAUCUUAGAGAAGGAAUUUGGCGGAGCUGACGGUAAAUAUGACGACAAUUUCCAACUUCUUUUUCUUGACACAGAUGCUGUCUGGCAUGCUCACGACGUAAAGCUUGAGACCCUUUUCCCCAAGAGCAUGGCACCCGACUACGGCUUCGUCGUCGGACCCAGUGACCUCCAGGGACAAAGUCUACUACUUCCUCAUACGAAUGCGUGGCUUGCACGGGGUAAGAGAGGCAGAGAAAUCCUCAAGCAGUGGCGAGAUAGCUAUUGGACUCAUGGAGUGGUAGCAAUGUGGCAGAAUGAAUUUCUAGGAACGGAGACCAAGACGUCAGAAACCGGUGCUGAACACGCGUGGGAAUGCACUCUAAAGCGCGAUCGCGAACAACAAGACAGAAGGAAGACAUGUGUCUAUCCCUACUACGGGUACGAUCCUUUCUCACUGUUGGUAUUGAUUGGGAAAGCAGCAGUGUAUAGCAAGCAAGAUUUGGAGGAACAAGUGAGGUUUGACGGCUUCCACAUUCUCCCGUGGAGCAGACUCAACAACUACUUUCCAUGGAAUGUGGGUGUGAGGGAGAUGUCAACGUCUGCUGGUUCUGGGACAGGGAAUGAGGAGAAUGCAAGGGAACAAGAUGAAGGAGAAGAAGCAACUGCAGCAAAGGACUUUUUCCUCACUCUAGAACAUGAUGACAGCACUGAAGUUGAGAUGAGACGUGCCGCGUAUUCCGCCUUCAAGCAGGCAACGGACGUACCGGGUCGUGAUGUUGUAUCAAGAAUAUCAAUAUCCUCUUUUGUGAACAAGCAAACUACUUCAUCAAGUUCAACUUCAACCACAAAAGCAGUGGCAGGUGCAACUUCUUACGAUCGUCCAAUCAUCGACGGUCCUCAGAAACUCAGCUACUUCUCCCUUCCCAGGACAGAGCGAGAACGACGGCAAGAACUUCUGCAACAGAAAGACCUUACACGGGAGUACAAUGCCAGAAAGACUAUUCGGAAACUCUCCUCUAGAGCAAAUUCCUGGGUUUUAUGUUCUCAUUUUCACUGGAAAGACAGAGCCUGGUCUAAGGGAAUCAAUCGGAUGGGUUUCCCAUCCUUCGUCUACCUCUCUUUCGCAGAGGAGUACAUGGGAAGAUUUUGGAAGGAUGUCCCGUUCUCCACGUUACCUUUCUGGUUGCGUCGUGGGCUUUCGCAGAUAGAGGAAAGAGAAACAGAAUCAGGACGUCAACAAUGGAGAAAGAAGAAUGUGACAAGAACAAGCACGACUGGUGCGGAUGCGAUCACUGAAGAGAGGACCACACAGGAGGAGCCUGUGAUCACUGAAGAGAGGACCACACAGGAGGAGGAGGAGCCUAGGACCACAACACGAACACAGGAGCCUCCUCUCAGACUGAGUGAAGAAUUAGAGCAUUUCUAUCGAACUCUGCGGGAUCGGGUGAGGAAAUUUGAGGGCUGGGCAACAGUUCGCAGCUUGGAUACUCUUCAGCGUCGUUCUCUAGCUGAUCACAUCUAUCCCACUUGGGGCGCAAGCGUGAAGGAGCUGUUUGCAAGUUUGGCUGCUUUUCAUGAUCAGAAUAUAUUAAGUAUGAGUAAGAGUAAGGACCUUGCUCUUGUUCACUUAGACGAGGAAAGGAGUACUAGAGCGAAUGCAAUUUAUUUGCAGCUACAGUUGUUGACUAGGGACUUUGAUCAGCAUGACACACCUAGCAAUCUUGCGCAAGAACAAUAUCUAACUGAGCAGCUUGGCCAGGAGGCACGUUAUUCCUGGCUUGAAAAACUGAUAGGUAAUUUUGCGAACAAGACCAUCAUCAACGUAUUUUCACAGCAGGCUGCGGCGUCAGAAAGAGC